UAGAAGUACGUAUCCUGGAUCUAUAUACAUUGCCUUCGUUCAGUGUAACAGGCUAGAAUUGUUAUGUUUCCAUUAUAAUUCUAACGAAAGUGAUUUCGGGAGAUUUAUAUAUAGGCCUAUCGUUGUGUAUUUUACAUGUCAAUGAUGCGAUUUUCCUUUAGAAAGUAAUUGUGCAUUAAAAUAGUGUUACUUGUUUAUGUUUAUGAUUGGUAUGUGAUUGUACUAUUAUUGUGACCAGGUUUAUAUGUGAGUUAAUAGGAUGGAGAGCUGUUCUACUGACGGCGAGGAUACCUUCCAGUUAGCUUUACUAGCAAGAGGAGAUCAAGGCUACCACGAGACGGAAGUGAACUUUGGGAGUGAGGCUGACCUACACAAACACUGGAUUGACUGUGGGAAAAAUCCUGGGCAUACCAACUUUAUUCCAGUCAAAGAGUUUAACAUCAACAACUUGCCAUUAGAAUACAGAGAUGAAGAUAUACUGAAGUACAUAAAAACUCAGUCAGAGCUGACUGUAAGAGUGGUGUCCUCAUUUACUAGCUCGAAACGACCGCCAGGCUAUGCUUUCUACAACUGCAGGGGAAAGAACUUCCAACGACUGGGAACCGGCUUCGUCCAGUACGUCUACCGUAACGACACCAGAACCGGAAAGACGUGCCCCUGCCCAGAAUGCCUGUCGUCGCGGACGCCGCACGUGGAGUGGGCCAAGGUGAAGGUCAGGACUGCCACCCACGUUGUGUUCGAUGACGCAGAGGCCCGGAACACCGUGGUGGAGCUCUUCUACGACGACGACGGGGACAAGGGCGCGGUGAAACGGCUGUACGGGGACAACGUCAGGUUCGGCGCCCUCCAGGGCGACUGGUGUGACAUGAGGUGCGUGACCCACGACGUCGAGCUGGUGGACUACUUAAAAGACACGUGGGGAAUGUGGCGCUGGCUAGAGACUAAGAUAAACCAGAAGUAUUCCGACCAGGACCAUCGAUUGGCUGUUGUGGUAUCUCACCCACACGGAUGUGAUAAACAGGUCAGUGUCGGCGCUUGGAAGGAGAGAAAUGUCGUGGACAGGUCAAGAGACUUUGACAACUGCGUCUACACCUAUGACACACCCACCUGUCCUGGGAGCAGCGGCGCCCCGGUGUGGAUCCUCGGAAAAAUGAAGUGGGCUGGUUUCUUCGGGCGCCACCCGCACAGCGGCCGCCCUUUGAAUGGACUUAACGUGAGUGCUGUGGGGUGGGAUCGAAGAAUUGCAACUGCUAAAUAAGUUGUGGCGUCGGCGCCAUUCACUUUAGCGUUUUCUCGCCUCUCUAUACUCCAGUGAGAGGAGGAAAAGGGUCUUUGGACACCACUGCUAACUCUUACACAACUUGGUUCUCUGCAGUUCUUUUAGAAACAGCCGAAUUACAACGUUGUUGCGUUGAUGUCUAUCAACAUCUCGCUUCUAUCAACAUGUCACAGUGUUCUGUACGAUAGUCUUGCAAGGCUGUUGGAUGGCUGCCCGGUCGUGAGGUAUGGACUUAGGUCUGUCGUCACAUCAUUCCUGCAGGAGUAAGGUUCGAAACCUAUUAUUAAGACAAAAAAUAACAUGAAAAAACAAGGCGGUUAGAUAGUGCAUCAAUCUUACUUAUAUACUAACUAAUUCUGAUGUUUAUACAUCAUCAAGAUAUACUAAAAGAAUAAUGUCAUGGACGCUGAAUCAAUCUUCGCUGUUGUCAACUCAAAUGAAAAAAAAAAAAGGAUUGAUCUAUAAUUUUAUGUCUAUCUGAAUGCGUGGCAGUUGAAAUCCGUAUUAAAUCUUCUUUAUUCCUACAAG